UGCGAUGCGCGCAUUUCAAGAGAACGACAGAUUCAUCGCUGUCAUCCGGAUUUACGGACCAAACAUCGCCUGGGCUCAGGUCCAAGCCUAAUCCCUUAGUUCCAUCACAACGUUCUUCAAACUCGCAUCUACCAAUAUGGAGGCGUUCUUCAAAUUCGCAUCUACCAAGAGGGAGGAAUCACCACCUUGCGAACUGUGUGGUCAUCCACCGCGCUUCGACACUGCCGCCGCGACGCUCAGGAGCUCGUUAAUUGCCAUGGAAGCAAACGCAAGCAAAUGCCUGCCUUGUUCUAUACUCAGCGCGGGUGUAAGGAGAUACCUCUCUCGAACAUCAUCCCCUCUAACAACAGAUGUUGAUGACAUGAUCGUUCUGGGCUCGCUGGGUGGUAGCAGAGGAUCAGCCGUAGAGAUAUGGCUGGUUAGAACCACCAUCAAGCUAUCAUUUUUCUGUUCGAAAAGAAGUCUGUGGAUGUGGCAAAACAUGCGUUUCCUUCCCCUUGGAAAAGAGGUCCCAGGGACCACUUGUUCAGACGAAAGUUUCUUAUGGGCGAUUCAGCAGAUCAACCAUUGCAGGGACACUCAUCAGAACUGUAACUCGUACUCAAGCUCCGCCACUCUACCCAAGCGGGUGGUGUUCGUGGGUACUGCAGCCGAACCUACCCUCCGCUUGUACGAAUCCCAAGGCGAAAGAGAUCCCUACAUCUGCUUGAGUUACUGCUGGGGUCAACGUGACUUCCUCCGUACUCAAGUCGAUAACUUCGAGUCUCACAAAACAUGCAUUGAGCCCGACCAUCUUCCCCCCACUCUUAACGAUGCUAUCAAAUACACUCAUCGGCUCGGAGUCCGCUAUAUCUGGAUUGAUAGCUUGUGCAUCAUUCAGGAUUCCCUUCUUGACUGGCGAGAGGAGGCGGGAAAGAUGGCGUCCAUCUUUCAUAAUUCGUUUCUCGUCCUGUCCGCCACCGGCUCUACUGACGCCUAUGGAGGCUUGUAUGCCUCAUUCCCAUCCGACUUUACAACAUUCGCCUUGAGAGUCGAUACCAACAACAACGAAGUCUUUUCUUGCGAAGUAGCUGAUGUCCAGAUGACAAGGAAUGCAACAGAGACAAUUUACGUCCGCCGCGCGUUUCCUCAUGCCCAUAGCGGGGAUUCAAACAAAUACGCCAAUGAUCUUCCACUGCUCCCCACCCUCAGGCGUGGUUGGAUUUUCCAAGAACGUUUUCUCUCCCCUCGUGUCCUGCACUUUGGUCCCCAAGAACUCUACUUCGAGUGUCUGGAGUGGUCGUCGUGCCAAUGUACUAUCGAUGAGGCCGGCGAGAUAAAUCCAUGGACAUGGUUCGGGGAUCAUUUCCGAUCUCAUGGGUUCAUCCAUCAAGAAACGCCGAAAACGUACUACGACCCGUCGGUGUGGAGAACAAUGGAUCUUGAAGGAAAGAUAUACGUGUGGCAUCGACUGGUUCAUGACUACACGAAACUGGAGUUGACGUUCGAGAAAGACUUAUUUCCUGCCAUUUCUGGACUGGCCAGAGAGAUGGGCAUUGCACGUGCAGCAUUACAUGCUGAUGCGGACAAGGCACAAGAGACGGGAUAUUAUGCUGGUUUGUGGAAAGACAGCCUGGUGCGUGACUUGUGUUGGAAGGUUAACUAUGACAAGACCACCCUGACCAGUGAAGCCAAAGAUGAUGAGAGACACAAGACAUGGAUGGACAGACCGCGUGAAUGGCGGGCUCCAACGUGGUCUUGGGGUUCGGUCAACGGACCUGUGAAAUUCCUGGGUCAGAGAUAUGGUAUGAGGGACUUCUUCGAACCUCGGUGCGAAGUACUCCAUGUUUCUUGCACCCCGGCUGGAUCAGAUGAGAUGGGUGAGCUGAUCGCAGGGAGGCUGGUACUACGCGGGCAGCUCUUGCCAGCAAGAGUAACACAUUCGCGUGACAGAAACCUUCGGGUAGGCGCACUACGAUUUCCAUGGGAGAUUCUUGACUUGGACCUCGGCGUUGAGGAUGGGCGUUUCGAUCAGCACGUCCUUGUCGAUGACGGAUGUCCGGAUCUCUUGAGGCUUUUGGAUGAGGUGGAAGCGGGUGGUGACCGACCUAUUGUUUACUGCUUUUUCCUUGGGAGAAUAAACGGUCAGAAAGAUCCGCUUUUUCUCUUGCUGAAGAAGUUCAAAGGGCAAUCGGAGGAAGAAAUGGGCCAAGACAUGUAUCAGCGGUUCGGGAGGCUUCAGCUGACAGCACCUCCUCGCCGCCUGGGUGAAAUAUCGUGGAAGGACAGAUUUGGGGUAUUUGCGCAAGCAAAGGAGGAAGUUGUUACGAUCAUCUAGCUGAUGGGCUAUUGAAUUCGGGGGCGCUAGGGCAGAGCUCAGAGCCGGUAGGAGAAGGGCAGCAAAGGAAAUAACAAGAAUAAUUACAUGUGGGCGGAUAUUACCUAUUUGAUGUCAAAAGGGAUAUCAUACGGGAUCGGGAUAUAUCCACGGAUAGAACAGACAGUCAAGGACAGCCAACAUGCCAGGUAGCUUGUGUCGACUGUCCGAGCACUCAGCAACGAACGGCAACAACAAAUUGAAAAGAUCUCCAAA